GAAUUCACAUACAGAAAGAAUAUCCAGGGACUGAUGCGCAACAUUAAUUUAUGAUACCAGUCCACUGCAUGCCUUGCCUACCGACGAAUAUUCUAGACGAUUAAAAAAAAAUUCAGAAAGAAAUCUCACUCAAUCACGUUUUCAACAUGUUUUCUCUUAACCCAGUACAGAUUUAUAAGAGUGGAGCAGAGGAGGAAAAGGCUGAGACUGCUCGAUUGUCUUCAUUUGUUGGUGCAAUAGCCAUCGGAGACCUGGUGAAAUCUACAUUGGGACCAAAGGGAAUGGACAAGAUUUUACAAGGCAGUUCCGGUGAUGGUAUCCAGGUAACGAAUGAUGGAGCUACGAUUCUGAAGGCUAUCGGGGUGGACAACCCAGCAGCCAAAGUUCUAGUCGACAUUUCCAAAGUGCAAGAUGACGAAGUAGGAGAUGGGACCACUUCAGUUGUUGUUCUGGCUUGUGAAUUACUCAAGGAAGCAGAAAUCCUCAUAGGCCAGAAGUUACACCCACAGACGAUAAUCAGCGGCUGGAGAAAAGCUGUGGACGAAGCUCGCAGAGUUCUCACCAGUGUAGCUAAAGAUAACGGGAAAGAUCCAGUCAAAUUCCGUCAAGAUCUAAUGAACAUUGCCAGAACUACUUUAAGCUCUAAGAUUCUUACGCAGUACAAGGACUAUUUUUCAAACCUAGCAGUGGAGGCAGUUCUUAGACUCAAGGGAAGCGGAAACCUGGAUGCUAUACAAGUAAUAAAGAAACUUGGCAGUCGUUUACAAGAUUCAUAUCUAGAUGAAGGUUUUCUUCUUGACAAAAAGAUAGGAGUAAAUCAGCCGAAGAGAGUGGAAAAUGCAAAGAUUUUGAUUGCAAAUACCUCAAUGGAUGCCGAUAAGAUCAAAGUAUUUGGGUCGAGAGUUCGAGUUGAUGCCGUUUCGAAAGUAGCUGAGUUAGAACUUGCUGAGAAAGAGAAGAUGAAGGACAAAGUGGCAAAGAUCAUCAAACAUGGCUGCAAUGUCUUCAUCAACAGGCAGUUGAUCUAUAACUACCCGGAACAGCUGUUUGCCGAUGCUGGUGUUGUAGCGAUAGAACAUGCCGACUUUGAGGGAGUUGAAAGAUUGGCACUUGUCACAGGUGGGGAGAUUGUGUCAACUUUCGAUGAUCCAGAUCAUGUUAAACUUGGAAUGUGUGACCUCAUAGAAGAAGUAAUGAUCGGUGAAGACAAACUUCUAAAAUUCUCAGGUGUGGCUCUAGGAGAGGCGUGUACGAUCGUGUUACGAGGAGCGACAAAACAGAUCCUAGACGAAUCCGAGCGCUCGCUGCAUGAUGCACUCUGUGUCCUGUCUCAGACAGUCAAAGAAACUCGCACAGUGUAUGGUGGAGGAAGUGCCGAAAUGCUGAUGGCUGAUGCCGUAUCAAAGCUGGCAGCGAAAACUCCAGGCAAGGAGGCGGUGGCUAUGGAAUCAUUUGCUAAGGCUCUGAGAAUGCUGCCGACGACUGUGGCCGACAAUGGAGGUUAUGACAGUGCCGCUCUCAUCUCACAGCUCCGAGCCGGUCACACAGACGGAAAACACAACUUGGGCCUCGACAUGGAGCAUGGUGAUGUUGCGGACAUGGAGACUCUCGGCAUCACCGAGUCGUACCAGGUGAAGAGAAUGAUGCUGAUCAGUGCUGCGGAGGCUGCUGAAAUGAUCCUGCGUGUCGACAACAUCAUCAAGGCCGCACCCAGGAAACGCGUGCCCGACCGCGGCUUCUAGGGCUUCUUCUGGGGUUUCACACUUUACUAUGGACAGUGACAGGCUUUGCUUUUUGUAUGCCAAGAAAUUAAUGUCUGGUUAGAGAGAAAGACAAUCAAGUGAUAUUCUGACAUUACAAAGCUGAGACCUUCCUCACUGACUGUUUUUGCAUCUCUUUAAUGGGAAUAUUGUUCAACAAACUAAAACAUAUUUAAAUGUCGCUUGGUGGCAUUUCUUUUUUAAGUUGUAGUUUUACGUUACCACCAUUAGGCCAAAUAAAAAAAAAGAGUUGGUGAUCGUCCUUUUGAUCACACAAAUCGGGGGGGGGUAUUUGUUUUCUGUCAAAAACUUUAUGAAACUCUGAGAUCAUUUCGUUUGCGGGAGUAGCAGCCAACAUUGCAUGCGCCUGGAUGUUGUAGUUCCUUCACUGGCCGCCAGAUGGACCUGUUGAUUGUUUAACCCGUUACGGUGCUUACGAAAGUUGAAUUGCUGCUAUCUCGACACAUUUUUAGCAAUUUUUAACAAAAUAAAAAAUAAAAUAAAUUCUGGGGCGUGCACAUUUUUCAGGUACGGGCGGGGACGAUCACCAACUCUUUUUUAUUUAUUUUUAUUUGACUGUACUGCUAUAUUUAAUCUGAAGUUAUUUUUGCUAUAAUUAUAAUUUGGUCUGUCGACUAUAAAUUCCUGAAGUACAAUGUUGUCUUGUGAUUGAAACUAAGCACUUGUCCCAUUCAUUUGUCUUUAUCAUUUACACAUUUGUAUAAAAUGUCAAAAAUC